GGAACACAAAAUGGCUGGACAGAACUGACAAUUGAGUUGAAUUGUUUUCUACAGAUUUCGAGAAUUUUGAAGAUAAGAUUAUAACAUCUCCUGUGGAACCCAUGGCACGAAAACCAUCUCAAGGGCCAGGAGCAUUCGACGUGCGGGGACUGAAUCUGAAAGUCGAUCAGUUCCCGCCAUCUCCAAUUACUGACCUCGUUCCCACAGAGGUCAAGGGCAACCGUGUCACGCUUCAGUGGACUGCGCCCGGAGAUGACUGGACAGAAGGAACAGCAAGUGAGUACGAGUUCCGAAUGUGGCACGACCAAGACGCUCUGAGGAACGAUCCAAGCAUUGGCAUUUCGCUGGCCAUCGAGAACACGGAGGGAGGAAAAUACUCCCCAUCACCCUCCCGAACAAUAGAAUCAGUGACCAUCAAACUUUCGGACAGUUGGCCAUUUCCUUUCUAUUUCAUUGCUGUUAUAACACGUGACAAUGAUAACCACACUUCGGAACUCUCUAAUGUCGUCCGACUGCCUCGUUCUGAGACACAAUAUGACAUCAUGUCUGACCCCGCCGCCAUAUUUGCCUAUACAUAUGCAAUUGUGUACUUUUUUACUCGACUUAUCGAAACAUAUGCUAUUAUUGGUUGAUUUAAUAAAUAAAACGAAUAUUUAAAAAAAUUGAAAACUGCACUUCAGAUGCUACUUUAGAACAUUUUAAAGCCCAAACCUAGUGUCGUUGCCGAUGGAUUUUAUGGUGCUAAAUAAUCUAUCGGUCUAACGUGUCAGUUUCAAGGAGAUUUUACUUAAUCAUAAAACGUCAACGUCAACGUCAGAGAAUACCCAGUCUCGAUUAUCCGCCGAAAGAGAUUCCUUUGGGCGUUGGGGCGGUGGGGUAGCCUAGUGGUUAAAGCGUUUGCUCGUCACGCCGAAGACCCGGGUUCGAUUCCCGACAUCGGUACAAUGUGUGUAGCCCAUUUCUGGUGUCGGCCUAUCCAUAUUGCUUGAAUAUUGCUAACAGCGGCGUAAAACUAAACUCAGUCAGUCAUUUGGGCGUUUAAGGCAAUGUUUUGGUGAAAAUAAUAUCAAUGGUUCACUAAAAAAUGGUAUCAUGAAUCACCAUCAAUGUACAUAUCAUCUCUGUUGCAUGUUACAAUCACCCUAUGUUUUCGGGCUCUGAUUAGAAACAUGUUUUACUCUGAAUGGAGGAGUAGACCAAAUUUCUCCGAUCUCCCUUCCCCCCUCAAUCAACCCAAAAUAUUAUGUAUCAUGUUGAUAACCUGGUACCUGUUUACUAAAUCCACAAUGAAACGCA